CCACACCGUUGGUAACAAAACUCACGUUUCUCUCCUAACCACACCGGCCGCGGCCACCCACACAAUUUGCCAGCAGCGAAGAGCUCUGCACUCGCCGCAAUGGCUAGAGCGCACCGAGCUCUCCUCUCCCUCCUUGUCCUCAUCGCCUCGGUUAGUGGUGCUGCGUCCAAGUUGUUCACCGUUGUCAACAACUGCGAGUACACGGUCUGGCCGGGGAUCCUCUCCAGCGCGGGUUCCGCUGGGAUGGAAAGCACGGGCUUCGCGCUCGCGCCGGGGGAGUCGAGGGCCAUGUCCGUGCCGUCGGGGUGGUCGGGCCGGCUCUGGGGCCGCACACUCUGCUCCACCGACGACAGCGGCAAGUUCGCCUGCGUCACCGGCGACUGCGGCUCCGGAAAGCAAGACUGCGCUGGUGGCGGGGCCGCCCCGCCGGCAACGCUGGCCGAGUUCACGAUGGACGGCAGCAAUGGCAUGGACUUCUACGACGUCAGCCUGGUCGACGGGUAUAACCUGCCCGUGCUGGUAGUGCCGCAGGGCGCCGCGCCGGGGGGCAACUGCGCGCCGGCAGGGUGCAUGGUAGACCUGAACGGCGCGUGCCCCGCCGACCUGCGCGUCGCGUCGGCGUCCUCCCACGGCGGCGGCGUGGCGUGCAAGAGCGCGUGCGAGGCGUUCGGGUCGGCGCAGUACUGCUGCAGCGGCGAGUACGGGAACCCCAACACGUGCAAACCGUCGGCGUACUCGCAGUUCUUCAAGAACGCAUGCCCGAGGGCGUACAGCUAUGCGUACGACGACGCCACCUCCACCUUCACCUGCGCCGGCAGUGACACCACGUACGUCAUCACCUUCUGCCCAAGCACAACCAGCGUGAAGUCGGCCGGGUCGAGCCCACACGCGCCGGGACUGCCGCUGAUCAACGACACCAUGGUCUACCUCGGCGGCGACCAGCUCGGCGCCGGUGCCGCCGCGGCAGGGUCUCCUUCCCCUCUCCUCCACGCCGUUGUCGCCGUGGUGUCCUUGGUGCUCGCAAGGGCUUUCUAAUGCGCCCCCCACACGCCGGCGGUGCACUGCAGAAUGACGCGAACGCGACGCGGGCCGUGCCGUCCCGUGAGACGAUCGUGCCCAGGGAAAAUGCAGAGACGAAGUGGACGCGGCACCUGCCUGCCGGGCCCGCGGUCCUGCGGGCCCACUAACAGUGAGAUUCGCCCGUGGGAGGGAGAGAGAGAGACGCCAAAGCACAGAAGGGCUCCGCGAGACUGUGACUCAACUGCCAGGGAAUUCGAUUGGAGAAAUUAGAUUUUGUACUUAGGUAUUCACACGUAUUGGAAAUUUGGAGUUGAGUUCUUUUCAUAGAUUCUUUUCAAUAAUUCAUAGCAGGACGACUUUUUUCUCACUUUUUGUAAGUUAGUGGAUAUACGAAUAUCUGGUACACGGACGUGAAGAUGGUCCAGGUCGCAUUCGAGAUGGGAACGUUGGAAUUUUGUGGACGUGUACACGAUAUACAAGAAAUUUCACGAAAUUUUGGACUAUGUACCUGUAAUUCAGGAUGUGGAUAUAGAAUAAUCGUCUUUCUAUC